UAAAUAACUGGUGUAGAUAUCUGCCUUUUGUGCUAACCUUUUCUCUCACUCGCACAAUUGCAUCAGAAAAAAUAUUCUCACUCUAACGUGUGCCGUGUGUACGGAGUUUGUGUCAUUGCCAUCAUUUUUCACUUGGUGUAUAUUUUUAAUAUUGUCUACUCCUUUCAACCAUCUAAAUGCACAGGAAUAAACGAGACAGAAAUAUGAGGAGAAAAAAUUUAGAAUUUUUGAUGGCAGUAGCAACGGCAGCCUAGCAGCAGCAGACAAAUAUUUCUCAUGGAAUUUUUAAAAACCACAAAUUAGUGAAUUACUUUUCAUGAAUUUAUCUUAUGUCACAUCCUAAGUAACUGUAUAGUAAACAAAUUGUGUGAAACUGUUAAAGUAAUAACCGUAAAUUGUGUAUUCAUUCAACUUUAUCGGUGUUGAAAGUUUUCCUUUUCUUUUCUUUCUUUUUUUCUUGUGAAAGAAACUACUGAAGUUGGUCGAUUUGCCUGCCGUGGUUUUGUGGUGGCGGUGUUGUGUUGUUCUUUUUUUUUUUGGUGGCUUCUUUAAUGAAUCCAACAAUUUGCUUACGCAACAAUAAAGCAACUCACUGUAAACAGUUAAAUUAAAUCCAGUGCAAUUAAAUCAGCAUUUUUAAGUGUUUUGUGACAAAUUGUGUUGCAAUACUUUUGUGUAUAAAUAUCUAAUUUGUUUAAGGUUCAAAAAAAAACAGGAAAAAAUAAAAUCAAUUACAAAGAAUUGCAUAAAUUUAAAUGCAAAGCAAAUUAAGAAAAAAAUAUAAUAUAAAAUAAGAAAAGUGUUAAAGUUAAGUUGAUGAAAAAGAUAACACAAAAAGAAAAUAAAUAUAAAUUAAUUUUGUUAAAAAUAACAUAAAAUGUAUCGGCAUCGUAGUUUCGUGUGUUUAUUUCUUAAUGUAAAAGAUUUGAAAAGAACUUUGGUUCAGUCGAGUUUGUUAAGUAUUUUUUUGUGAAUAACGAGUACAAUUCAUUUUUCCGAACAAACUAGUUCUUUUCUUCCUAUAAGUAACGGUUUUGUGUAAAAUUCUGUGAAAAUACUAAAAUUCUGUAAAACGUUUCGUUAAUGGUCAUUCAAAUACAACAAAAAAUAAAAUUAAAAUAAAUGCAGGCCUUCUGUCUUUUCGUUUAACUUAAAAAGGUUUGUUUAGAAUAAAAUAGAAAGAAAAACAAAAAAAGUGAAAAUAAUAUCACUUGAAAAAAUAAAAUAAUUGUUAACUAAUUUACAAAAAAAAAAAUAAUACAUAUUUGUAAUAGUUAUACAUUUCUAAUUCUAAUCUAAAAGUUAUUUAAUACUUUAUGAGAAAAGUAUUAAAUAAUCAACUUCAGUGCUAAAUAAAAAAAUAAAACAUAAAUUAAAGUGAACAAUUUAAUUAAUUAUUAAAAUACUCAAUUAAACUAAUAAUAUAUAUUAAAAGAUUUAUAACAAAUCUUUAUAUUCAAUAAAAUAACUUUUCGUGUUCAAGGAGAAAAUAACAAAGAACAGAUUUUAAAUGUAUCGACUCGAUGAUACUAGCGGUGCCGCUAUGGAUAAAACAAAGCAAAAAUUGUCGGCGGCAUAUGUGUCGGGUGCAGCUGGUGCUGAAUCGGGGCGCCAGCGACACGCACCUCUUUAUGGACGAUUUGUUGUUGAAGAAGAUCUACCCGCCACACAUCGAGAUGUUAUGCAUCACCGAUCGAGUCCGACAUCAUCAUCGGAAGUUCGAGCGAUGCAAGCUCGAAUACCAACACAUUUUCGAGAUCCAGCUACAGCACCCUUACGAAAGCUCAGUGUGGAUUUGAUAAAAACAUAUAAACACAUAAAUGAGGUGUAUUAUGCGAAAAAGAAAAGACGAGCUCAACAAACCCAAGGCGAAGAUGAUUCUUCAAAUAAAAAAGAACGUAAACUAUACAAUGACGGCUAUGACGACGAUAAUCAUGAUUAUAUAAUAAAAAACGGCGAAAAGUUCUUAGAUCGAUAUGAAAUUGAUUCGUUAAUCGGCAAAGGCAGUUUUGGACAAGUGGUUAAGGCAUAUGACCACGAAGAGCAGUGCCAUGUGGCGAUUAAGAUUAUUAAGAAUAAAAAACCGUUCCUAAAUCAGGCACAAAUAGAAGUUAAAUUGCUUGAGAUGAUGAAUCGAGCCGAUGCAGAAAACAAAUAUUAUAUAGUUAAACUAAAACGACAUUUUAUGUGGCGCAAUCACUUAUGUCUGGUUUUUGAACUGCUAUCCUAUAAUUUAUACGAUCUAUUACGGAAUACAAAUUUCCGUGGUGUUUCAUUAAAUCUAACGCGAAAAUUCGCCCAACAGCUGUGCACUGCUCUACUCUUUUUGAGUACACCAGGACUGAAUAUAAUACACUGUGAUCUUAAGCCCGAAAAUAUUUUACUCUGUAAUCCAAAACGAUCAGCAAUCAAAAUUGUCGAUUUUGGUAGUUCUUGUCAAUUGGGACAGCGGAUAUACCAAUACAUUCAAUCACGUUUCUAUCGAUCGCCGGAAGUAUUGCUUGGAAUACCAUAUGAUCUAGCCAUUGACAUGUGGUCACUGGGCUGCAUAUUGGUUGAAAUGCAUACUGGCGAACCAUUAUUCUCUGGCUGCAACGAGGUCGAUCAAAUGAACAAAAUUGUCGAAGUUUUAGGUAUGCCACCUAAAUAUCUGCUCGAUCAAGCGCACAAGACACGAAAGUUCUUUGACAGAACUACCUCCGACGGUACAUAUGUGUUGAAAAAGAGUGUGCAUCGUAAGUACAAACCGCCGGGCUCAAGAAAACUACACGACAUUCUUGGUGUUGAAACUGGCGGUCCUGGUGGCAGAAGAUUGGAUGAACCCGGACAUUCAGUGGCAGAUUAUUUAAAAUUCAAAGACUUGAUCCUGCGAAUGUUGGACUUUGAUCCAAAAACACGUGUCACACCUUACUAUGCCUUGCAACAUAAUUUCUUUAAGCGAACAACGGACGAAGGCACAAAUACCGCGGGUAGCAUAGCAGCAUCAUCACCGGCAGCAGUAGCAGCGGCGACAGCGUUAGCAGCGGCGCAACAGCAACAUCAAGAACAACAGAGUCACGGUUUGCUUUUACACCCAAGUGCUCAUUCCUCAUCUUCAUCAUCAGCAUCUUCUGGUAUUCAUCAAUCAAACAACAUAAACAGCGGUGGACACUCCAUUUCAAGUUCAAUGCCCCAACGAUCAAUGGUACAAUUUCCGAUGAUGAAAAUUUACGAUUCACAAUCACAGCAACAACAGGCGGCGGCACUUCUUGCAGCACAACAAGGGUUGCAAUCAUUGUUGUCGCCGCCAUCAUCAGGCAAUUCAAGUUCAUCCGGGUCAGCUACCUCACAAAAUAGCGCUUCCUGCCAACCGAUAACAUCUUCUGGCAACAGUUAUCCACACGCAAUGGAUUGUGAUCCACCUGCUCCACAUCCACCACCAGCAUCACUGCUACCGCCAUCACGAUAUAGUUCCUCAAACCAAGGACAUUUACAUCAUAUCAAUAGCUCAUCAAUUAUCGGAAGUAACUCCAGUGGUAACAACAGAUCUAAAUAUCAACGGAUAUGUGAUCACUUAGCUACUGAUCGUUCUAUGCCAGGCUCAAAUUUAGUGUCGUCUUCUUCAUCUUCAUCGUCGUCAACACCCUCCGUACACAACAAAGCAUUAGUGCCGCAAAUUCAAAGCUACGCUCCAGUAUCUUUGCCAAUUGACCUUGGACAAUCUUUGGCCACAUCCCAUCUUAUGAUGACCGAUUCCAGUGUAAUUUCUGCAUCAGCAGCUGGAAACCUAACAUCGGGUCCUACAAGUUUCUCCUAUGGAAGCAGUCAUCAUUUAUUUGGCAUGGGAACAAGUUUCACAGACACCACAAGCCCGCCUAGCAGUCUUAUCAAUCAUCAAGGAAAAGUCAUUCGAAUGAAUCCUCCUACAAGCUCUGGACCACCGUCAAUAAUUAGUGAAAGAAGUAGUGGGAAUCAAAUUCACAGUGGCGGUGGAAGUAAUGUUGGUUCAACUGCUGGUGGCAAUGGCGGUGAUGGAUCUUCGCCAAUGGUCGGUGUUUGUGUUCAACAGAGUCCAGUAGUUAUACAUUAAAUCUGUUCUAAGUUAAAAAUAAUUUCUAAGUCUUAAAACUUGUAAAUCAAUUUAUUUAAAACAAAAAAAAAACAUAACCCAUCGCUUCUUGAGCAAAAAAUGUUCAUUUUAAUUUGAUAGACAAAACAAAAACAAACCGAAAAACUUUAAAUAAGCCUGUGAAUCCUUGUUAUAUGUUUAAAAACACAUUAUUUUACCAUUGUUUUUAGUUUAAUUAGUUUGAAUUACAUUUUCUGAUAACUAAAAAAUCUUUAGCUGCACUCAAAACCAUCCGUCCAGUUGAGUUACUUGUACACAAUAGAUUUUUUUAUAAACGAGUGUGUUAGCAUAUAAGCAAACGUAAUAAGUUAAAAAAAACUUGGAUAAAGACGUCUAAAAAUAUCAAAUAAAAACUAUCUUAAUCUAUGUUCCAACAUAUGCUCAAGUCAAGAUUUUAAAAUAAGGCUUAAUUUCAAAUUUCUAAAGAUGUUGAUGAUUUUUUUUAAUUCUCGAACGUUUUUAAUUGCGAUUGUUUAUUUUUAGAAUUUUUUUCGAAUUAAAAAUUUUGCAUAAAAAAGGUAACCAUUUUGUGACAUUGUUCAGAUCAGAUCUUUAUUUUACAAGGCCCAGCGUUAAAAAUUUUGUAUUAUGAAAGGCAACAAAAAUGAUGUGCAAUAUACUAUAACUGUGCAGAUGAAAUAUCAAGUGGUCCAAUAAAUUUAAAAAGAUAAUUAAUGUAAUGUGACUGUUUAAUUCCUAUGCUUCUAUCAAGAAUUGUUUUUUACAUUUUUUAUUAUUUUGACCAAUUUUUUCGUGUAACUAUUCCACUAUUUUUUAUUAGUCUGUUUUAGUCUAUUUAAAGAGAAUGCGAAUUAAAUAAGUUUUAUCCCAUUAUUUUUCCCAACGUUUCGUAAGUGUUUCUUACUUCUUCAGAGGUACAUAUAAUUAUUCAAUUUAAUUUUUCAAAACUUAACAUAUAAUUCACUUCUCUUCUGCUCCUAUUGUAUAUUACCCGGAAACGGCAAAACUCAAAUUUGACAAUUAAUACUUAUAUCACGGCUGGGCAUCAGGUAACAUUAUAUUCUUCUACGAAAUUAAUUCUCGGUUAUAUUUUCAAGGAAACAAAAUUCUCCUUAAGAUUCACUGGAGGGUGAAUUAUGUUUAAAUUCAGCACAAAAAUUGAAAUUGAAAAUUAGUUACAUAAUUUGUUGAAAUAAGUACUUCAAAUGAAGCUAAGACAUCAGAUUAGGCCUUAAAAUUUGCUCUUUAUUAAGAGUUGAAAAUGCAUUGAUUCGAGUCGAUAUGAAAUUUUCUCAGGUAUAAAGAAUAGAUUACUUGAAUGAACAAAUGUGUUUUAUUCAAGAAAUGUUAAAUAUUUGACAUAAUACGUAGUUUAAAAUAAUUAAGUUGUGGUUUCGUAUCCAUUAAUCGGUACAAAAUUUUCAUUCAUAGUUGAUUUUCACUUUCAAAAAAAAAAGAAAAGUAAAAUUGUAAAUUAAACUGCCAACGUAAUUUUUUUUUUAAUUUUAUCUAUUUUCUUGCCAUAUUUUAUGUUCAUCUUUACAUGUUUUUAAUUAUAUUCAAUUUUUUUUAAACUUAUUUAAUCCAAUAUAAAAAUCUUAAACUAAACGUAUGCUAAAUGCUAACAUCCUCCGAAACAAAACAGUAUACAUUGUAAACAAAAUUA